GGAACAAAGAAUAUUUAUUAAAAAGCUGUGGAUUUUUGUUGUUUUUAGUGAUUAAUUCUUCCUCUUAUUUUCCUAAGCCUUCCCUGUUGUUUCUUAAGCCUCAACGCCUUCUUGUUGUUUUGCCUUUUACAGUCUUUUGCUUGAUCACAGCAGUUUUUCCUUUUACUUUCUUUUGUUUGGUCACAGCUUUUUUGCCUUUUACACCCUUAUGUUUAACGGCAGCUCUUAAAAAGAAAAAUUAUCAGAUAUCUUUAAUCUUGUAUAGUUUAAAAUCUUACUUGGAAACCAUAUCGCUCGGUGGGUCUUCUAUAAUACUUUUAGGAGGCACUUUCAUUUUCUUUUUGCAGCAAUGGACAAUGAAAUUGAUGAAGAACAGCGGCACACAUAAAUGGGCACAAUAGAACAAAAGUAUAAAUUUUGUAGAAUCAAAGCUGAGUACUGCAUUUGCUGGUAACAUGACGGCACAAAUAGAAGAUGCUGCUUAAUGCUCGGGGUUGUUUUUAUAAUAAGGAAAUGUAGCGGAAGAAAUCUAAUAUAAAAAGUAGCUCUAGUCAACACAACAUAAUCUAACGCUGCGACUUAGUAAGUCAACUGACGCUGCGACUCCCAAUCGAAUACAAUGACCGUCUUCGAUCCGACGACCUUUGUGUUACUGCUCUACUGUGUCGAUCUCUGUGUGUCGCUGUUCGUCAUCGCUUUUGCUGUCCAAUGCUGCAAGAAGAAAAAGAAGACGAAGGAUGUCAAGAGCUCUGUGAAACAACCACCGGGCGACACGAAAUCUGGGCAUGACAAACCUGCGGUCAAUAAGUCUAUCGACAAACCUCUACUCCCUGGUGCAGAUGCUGAUGCCAAGUCAAGGACCGAUAAAACCAAGUCAGUUGGGACUGCCGCCACAAAAUCCAAAACUGAAGACGAUGCAAAGACUGCAAAGUCAAAGAUGGGAGAGAAGUCAGGAAUGGCGAAGACUGCGAUACCCUCAGCCGUAGGAGCAGGAAAACCGCCGCAAGGACCGGUGAAGCCAGGUGCACCUCCUGUACCGGCACCUCUUGGGGCACCAGCUGGACCGCCAAAACCUGGAGCGCCGCCACCUUCUGGAGCAAAGCCAUCGACCGUUCCUGGAGCAGCACCACCACCAACUGGAGCAGCACCACCACCCGCAGGAGCAACUCCACCUCCAGAUUCUACAGAAGGCAUCAAAUCAAAGAAGGAAGAUGUCAAAUCGAAGAAGGAAGACGUCAAAUCGAAGAAGGAAGAGCCAGCAAAACCACCUGAAGCGGGCAAGGGAGAGAAAGGCGUGAAGAGUGAUGUUGGACUACGAUCAGAUAAAGCUGCACCCGAUCACAGCGACAAGGAAUCGAGUGGUACGGAGAAGAAGGAGGGAGAAGCAACACCGCCUAUCGGUGACGAGCCGCCUAAGGAGGAAGACAAGAAAGGCGACGAGGGCGGUGCUGAAAAAGCUGAGAAGGAAGAGAAGGCUGAAGAUAAAGAAGAAGAGAAGGAGGAAAAGGAAGAAAAGGAGGAAGAAUAAUGAUGAAAGAAUAAAUAAAUUUCUAGUGCUUCUCUCCUCGUAAUUGUUGCCCUUUCUUUGCUAGAAUAUUUUGUUUUCCACUAAAAAUAAUUGUGUGGCAAUAAAUGCCCAAAUAUAUUAUAUUCAAUUGAUUUCAAAUGUAAUUGUCAUCAAUUUAUUCUCAAUUAUUCUUCUAUAAUUCCAAAAAUACUUUUGUUUUUUGGAAAAAUGUUCUAAUAUUUCAUGUAUAUGACCCUAUUCUUAUUGUACAUAUUUCGAUAAUUAUAAAUUGCCAGUGUUGUAUUCUUGCCAAUAAAUUGAGAUUUUUCAUAGCUUUUUUA